AUGUCCACGGUCAAAGUUCUGCAUGACACUGCUGAAGACAUUCAGAACCUCCACACCAACCUUGUAAACACCUUCGAGUCUGGAAAGACAAAAGAUCUAGCUUGGCGAAAAUGGCAACUCAAACAGCUUUGGUGGAUGCUCGAAGACAACGAGAAAGAAUUUACGGCUGCAAUGAAAGAAGAUCUGAAUAGGUCAAGUAUCGAGUCCAUGAUUACCGACUUUGCUGGAGCCCGGAAAGAUAUUUUGUACCAUCUCCAGCAUAUUGAUCAAUGGGCGGCAGACGAACCGCUAGGAGACACCUUUGUAGCCAAACAACUGCGUUUGGCGAGAAUACGGAAAGAGCCCCUAGGUGUAGUCCUGAUCAUUGGGGCAUGGAAUUUUCCUCUACUUCUGGUUCUCCAGCCGCUGAUUGCAGCCAUAACAGCGGGUUGCUGUGCAAUUAUCAAGCCUUCUGAGCUUAUUCCAAGCUGCCAAGCUCUGCUCAAACAUCUGAUACCCAAAUAUCUUGACAAAAGCGCCAUUGGUGUGGUCUGUGGUGCUGUGGCAGAAACAACUUCAUUGCUUGAACUGCGAUUCAACCACAUCUUCUUCACAGGCUCUGCGACCGUUGGUCGUAUUGUCAGUGCCGCAGCCGCAAAGAAUUUGACGCCACUGACAUUGGAACUUGGGGGACAAUGCCCAGCCAUCAUCUGCAAAUCCGCCAAUAUUGAUCGUGCUGCAAAGUGUGUGGCUUUUUCCAAAUUUCUUAAUUCUGGUCAGAUAUGUCUGUCGGUCAACCAUGUGUUUGUCGAUCCGUCUGUAUAUGAUCAAUUUACUGAAUGUCUCAAAUAUUGGAUUCAGACAUUUUUGAAUGGCCAAUUAACGGUUGACACUGCAAUUGUGAAUCCGAGUCAUUUUGAUCGGUUAUUAAAUCUCAUCUGCAAUACCGAAGGCAGGAUUUUUUACGGCGGAACGGGAAACCGUGAAACACGCAGAAUGGAACCAACUGUAGUCUUGGAUGUCGACAUAAAUGACACCCUGCUCCGAGAUGAGAUAUUCGGACCAAUCUGCCCAAUUAUAAAAAGUGAUUUUCGAAGUGCCUAUAUUGCAACAAAACAAAAGGGACACCCCUUGGCCAUGUACAUCUUUAUCCUCGAUAACACGAAUAGUGGUGGAGUCACAGUCAAUGACGUGAUUCUUCAUGCAGGAUUUUCCGGUGCACCUUUUGGUGGUGUCGGAUCUAGUGGCCAUGGAUACUAUCAUGGCGCCUAUGGAUUUAACAGUUUCACCCAUUUUAGAACGGUUAUGAAUUCUCCGAGUUGGUUGGAACGAGCGUUGACUUUCCGCUACCCUCCAUUCAAUGCCAUGGAAACCCCAAAGAGUUUUAAACUAAGGGCAAAAUUCAAACGAGGAGAGAGCAUUAACGACCAACGGCGAAAACCUGCAGUCCUUGGAAGUAAAGGGGUCUAUCUAUCAGCAGCUGUUACCGUAUUGGGUGCUCUUUACUACUACUUCUAUCAUUACCUAUCUAGAAGUGAGAUAGUUUAUAGCCAAUAA